ACGACCGAGCAGUGGCUGAUGCUCUCCUCCGGGUCAGCACCGCAGCGUUACAGUGCUCCUUCUCCUCCGCCGCUCGCGGAGCAGAGGAUUGUGCCUCUCCCGGAGAAGGUCAAGAAGAGCCGCCGCGCUUUUCUUCCCCACGGCGGCAAUGAGUGGCCUCACCACCACCUCCGCACCGCCGCGAUUACUCGCAAUCCCAGCACGACACCGUUUCACCGACAAUUCAUGGACUUCCAUCGCCAUCCCCAAACCUCAUCUCAGAGCUCCACGAAUCAUUUGCAUGGCGGCGCCGUAUUUGAUUACGAAGCUAGAAUCUGCAGAGAAGACAUGGAAGGAAUUAUCGGUCAAGCUGGCUGAUCCAGAUGUCGAGUCGAAUCCCAGA